UGAUGCUCGUGAUUGAUGUUGUGUCCUUAUCAUCGCACUUUAGUUGUGCUCUUCUAGAGUCGGCGUUUAGCUAUGGCGAUGAUUGUUCCGACUGCUUUAUAAAUAAUUCAGUGGAUUUCUCUUUCUUACCUAUUGAAAGUUCCUGUUCAUAAUGAAUUUUGCUUUGUUUUUUGGUGGCUUAUCUGUUCUUGUGGGCUCCUGCUUGAUUGUAUGUGUAUGCAACCAAUGCAAGCGGCGUAGAAUGCAGAAAAAAGAUAUACGAAAACAGGACAUCAAAAGACCACCUUCCAUUUCCCUCAUUAUAGAGCCAGACACCAAACCACACUCUAAUGGAACUGUAAAAUCAGCAGACUUUACCAUCUCGCCACCCAAGCAGUUCUUACCUGCUUCUAAUUCAUCAGUGUCUUCAAAGGACUCCACUGAUUCCACAAAGAGUCUGCUGCCCACCAAAGACACCCUUUCGUCAUCCAGUUGUCUGGUUUUGCCUUCCAUCACAGUGAACUACGAUAGACGAGCAAAUGCACAUUCAGUGAUUCCUACGAUAUAUAUCAGUUCUACAUGCACAUCUUCAUCAAAGGCAUGAGGAGUUGAAAAUAUCCCUAACUUACUAGUCUUGAAAAUGAUUGAUCAAUAUCUUCAAAGGAUUCCAAUCAUUCCACUAAGAGCCUGCUCUACAGCAAAUCAUUUUUUCACCAUCAAAUGGCCGGUUUUGUAUACCAUUACUGUGAUGCCAGUGUAAAUUCAGUGAUUCUCAUAAUAGUCAUCAGCUCUUCAUAUACAUCUUCACAAAUGUUCUAACAUGUAGAAAAUAUCCUUCAUCAGUGUACUAAUCUUAAGAUUGACUCAUCAUUAUCAUCAAAGGGGCCAUCUUUUCCCCCAAGGAGCUUUGGAGCUCUUUUUCAUUUUGAUGGUUUAGUCACAAUAAACUAUGACAGAUAAAGAAGAGCAGAUUCAGUGAUAACUAAAUAUAUAUCAGCUUUACUUGUACGUCUUCAUCAAAUACAUGUGGAAUUGAAAAUAUCCUCCAUAAAUUUACUAAACUUUAGACAGUAUUAAACAACAAUCUAUCCUGUAGAUGAAUGUUUGGUAAUGUGAACUCUUAAGAAGAUGUUUGGCAAAACAUGAGUUAUAUUAAAGUAAUUACUUUUCUACCAAACAUAUUAAUGUUGGCAUGGCAUAUUGGAAAUGUUAUGAAUUAUUAAUUAUGAUUUUGACAUAAAGUCAAUAAGAGAGUUUUAGUAAAAAUAAAAAAGUCAAACUUAAGAUUAGUUUUUGUUCGCCAAGUUAGGAUUUUUUAAGCUAAAAUUUCGCCAAAUUUAAUACUGCCAAUUUUUAUUAAACUUAAAAGACGUUCCUUACUAUGUAAACAUCAUCCAAGAUGGCGAAGUUUUGAAAGGUUAGCACGAUUUUGUUAUGUUUGGCGAGAAACCGGACACUAAUUUUAAGUCUUUUCGACAAAAAAAAAAAAAAAAA